CGUCAGCAUAGGCGUGGCCCCACUGUUUCGUCUGCUCGUUGCGUCACAGUUGACGAGGUGCGAGGAUGAAACGUCAAAACGAAAUGCUCUUGGAAGGGGGAGUGUGGAGGCCUUGGAAGCGGUUGGAUUGCUUCCAAGCAAGAAUUUUCCAGUGCUUACAAAAUACAGCCAGAGCGUGGUCCCAUUUUGAGGUGCGUUUUCCGGAACCGUGCCACGAGGACGCUGGACGGUUUCGGGGAGGUGAGGUUCGCUUAGUCAUGUUCGCGUUGCAGCACGGCAGCAUCUGCAGAAACAACAGACCAAUGGCCAAGUACGGCAAGCGGCAGCAGCAGCGGCGGUGGCGGCGGCGGGGACGGGGGGAUCUCUGGUCCGACGACAGCCAGCAUCAACGGCCAUUGAGGAGAGUUUCCCAUUCUCUCUCGCUCAGAAGGUGGCAUGGCGAGACGGCGGGAGGAUCAAGAUUGGCUGGACGGACGACGCACGAUAGAAGCACGAGGUCAGCUAAACUGGCGUGGGCGGGCUUGGGACUGCAGGUCAACAAAGAGCCGGAAAAAAAGUUUUGAGUGAUCCCGUGGCGGUUGCAGGCGGAUGGAGACUCUCUGAGGGUAAGGGAGCCGUGACGGAUAAACAGUCAUUGCUUAGUGAUGGCGUAGUAAUGAUGGGGGGCCAGACGCGCGAUUGCUCCGACUCGCGCUGUCGCACAUCCAUCCAGCGUUCCCCUCCCCAUCCACAGCGGGCCUGCAAGCGAGGCUGUAGCAGCAGCAUCGAGCAGCGGCAUUGUGUCCCCUCGACGUUUCUGUCUUGUCCCU